AUGGCUCAAAUUCAGGCUCUGUCCUGGUACCUGAUGCGGGACGGAACAUUCUACUUCGUUAUCAUGCUCACUCUGAACAUCGUCGACAUCGUCGUGGUGGUCUCCACGCAAACUGAUAUGCUCACGUCAACCAUGAUAUCUCCCUUAUCUGUUUUCUUCCUCGCCCGUCUACUGCUCAAUCUCAGAGCAGCGGCUCACAGCUCUGGAGCUUCAAGUGGGAAUUCAGGGUUCUUGGACGUGUCUUCACCUCGCGGGACCUCAACUUUGAACUUCGCGGGCGAGCCGGUUGAGGACGAUACGGAUACGGAGCUUACUACAAUUAUCUCACCAUCAAGAGACUUGACCGAUGGCGCCGGUGAGGGAAUCGAAUUGUCUACGAUACGCGACAAUAGUCCUUGUACUGCUUAG